AUGUCAAGUGAGAAAGAGUCUGUUCAUGUCCAAAGUGUCUCUGGACAUGAAAUUCAUGAAACACUUCGCCAUCGUAUUACAACCCGUUAUGUCACUGCUGAUCCCCACAGCUAUCUUCAACGUCCAGACGAGAAAUCAAGUAGAUUUUGGGUUCGUCGUCUUGGUCAAAUCAAACCCGUCGAGUUACUUCUUGGUGAAGCCGAAAUCUCUGGUCUCAACCGAGCCUUAACAAGCUGGCAACUCAUUUUCCUCGGUAUCGGUGCUAUCAUUGGUACUGGUAUCUUUGUCUUGUCCGGUACUGCUGCUGCAAACAAUGCUGGACCCGCUAUCACAAUCUCCUUUAUUAUCGCUGCCAUUGCUUCAGCAUUUGCUGCCUUUAGUUACUCUGAAAUGGCUUCCAUGAUUCCUGUUGCUGGUUCUGCUUACACCUACGCCUACGCCACUAUGGGUGAAUUUGUUGCUUGGAUUAUUGGCUGGGAUUUGAUCCUUGAGUACAUGGUUGGUGCUGCCACAGUCGGUGUCGGAUGGUCUGGAUACUUUGUAAAGUUCUUUUCUGUUGCAGCCAACGCCCACUUCUCACCUAGCUGGACCGAGCCUCCUAUCAAGUGGAAUGAGAGCCCAACCUCUAUUAGUAUUGAGGAUGGACAGUAUUUCAAUGUCCCCGGUUUCACUAUUAUUAUGCUGGUUACAAUUGUCUUGUGCAUUGGUAUCCGUGAGUCUGCAUGGAUUAACUCUGGAAUCGUCAUCAUCAAGCUUCUCGUCAUCUUAAUGUUUAUCUUUGCCCUUUGCGGUUUUGUCGAUACUAAUAACUAUCAUCCUUAUAUUCCUCCUAACACUACUGGUGAUUGGCACAAGUUUGGUACACCAGGUAUCUUUGCUGCAGCAACCACCGUCUUCUUCAGUUAUAUCGGUUUCGAUGCUGUUACCACUGCUGCCCUUGAAGCCAAGAAUCCCAAGCGUGAUCUUCCCAUCGGUAUCUUUGGAAGUUUAAUCAUUAGUACUGUGCUUUACUUGGCUACCUGUACUGUCAUGACUGGUGCGGCAAACUACACGCUGUUGGGUGUAUCUACCCCUGUUACUGUUGCCGUUGAUGUUGUCCAAUUACACACUGGAAAGAACUUCAAGUGGCUCAACAUCAUUGUUACUCUCGGUGCUCUAUGUGGCCUCACCUCUGUUUUGCUAAUCAACUUGCUUGCGCAGUCUCGCGUGUUCUACUCUAUGGCAAAAGAUGGACUUCUUCCUGCCUUUAUUGCUACUGUUCACCCUCGCUUCAAGACACCUUACAUUGCCACCUUGAUUGUCGGCACUGUCACUGCCAUUUUGGCCGCUGUAUUGCCUGUUGACUUGCUUGGUAACAUGACUUCAGUUGGUACUUUGUUGGCCUUCUUCGUCGUUCACGCAGGCGUGAUCGUAAUGCGAUUCACACGCCCUGAUGUGGAGCGCCGCUUCAGAAUUCCUGGAGGAAAAUACCCUUCUCUUUUGGUUCCUUUCUGUGGUAUGGUUGUUUCAAUUCUAUUGAUCGCCGUGGCUGAGGUCACCACUAUCUGGCGUUUGUUCGUAUGGAUGGGUAUUGGCUGGAUCAUUUACUUUGCAUAUGGUAUUCGUCACUCUACUCUUAGACGUAACCCAGUAGGACGUUUUGCUGAAGCUCACGCUGGUUUAGCUGAAGCUACUCACAUCAAGCGUGAUUCUGAGGGUAUUCAAAUCGAAGAAUACGAACACACCCCUGCUAACGAGCAUGAAAAUAUCCCUGCCCGUGUUUAA